GGGGGGGGGGGUGGGGGGGAAGAAGAGAAGAGAUGAAGGUGCCGUGCUGUUCGGUGUGCCACAGCCGGUACGACGAGGAGGAGCGGGUGCCGCUGCUGCUGCACUGCGGGCAUGGCUUCUGCAAGGCGUGCCUGUCUCGGAUGUUCGCCGCCUCUACCGACACCUCCCUCUCCUGCCCCCGCUGCCGCCACCCCACCGUCGUCGGCAACAGCGUCCACGCCCUCCGCAAGAACUUCCCCAUCCUCUCCCUCCUCACAUCCUCCCCCUCCUUCGACUGCGACUUCACCGACGACGGCGACGAUGAUCAAGAAGACGGCGGCGACUUUGACGACGAUGACGAGGAGGACUACGUAGGAUCGCGCAGCCGGAGAAGGCGGAACCGCUUGUCCCGCCCCUCCGUCUCCGGCUGCUGCUUCGCCAACGGCGGCACCGGUGCUACAAGCUGCGCUGUCGACCUCGUGACCCACCAGGACCUCAAGCUUCUCAAGCGGCUCGGGGAGGGCCGCAGGGCCGGGCACGAGAUGUGGUCCGCCGUGCUCUCCAGAAGCUCCUCGUCAUCGUCCUCCUCCUCUUCAGCCUCUUCCGCCGCCGGCACUGUCUCUGGGAGGUGCCGGCACCAGAUGGCGGUGAAGAAGGUCGCGAUCACCGAUGAUAUGGAUGUGGUGUGGGUGCAGAGCCAGCUCGAGAGCCUGCGCCGGGCCUCAAUGUGGUGCAGGAAUGUGUGCACCUUCCAUGGGGCAACCAGGAUGAAUGGGCAUCUAUGCCUUGUAAUGGACAGGUAUAAUAGCUCUAUAAAGUCCGUGAUGGAGCAGAACAACGGCCGCCUCACAUUGGAGCAGAUCCUUAGGUAUGGAGCAGAUAUUGCUCGUGGAGUGGCAGAACUUCAUGCAGCCGGUAUUGUUUGUAUGAGUCUAAAGCCAUCCAAUCUUCUUUUGGAUGGAAAUGGCCGUGCAGUGGUCUCUGAUUAUGGGCUUUCAGCAAUUCUUAAGAAACCUUCAUGUCGAAAAGCUGGAUCUUCUCCUGAGGAAUGCUCUUCAAGUGUGCAUAUGUGUAUGGAUUGUACAAUGUUGAGCCCACAUUAUACAGCUCCAGAGGUAUGGGAGCCAUUAAAGAAGCCAUUAAAUCUAUUUUGGGAUGAUGCAAUUGGCGUAUCUUUGGAGUCAGAUGCAUGGAGUUUUGGAUGUACGCUUGUUGAGAUGUGCACUGGUUCGGUUCCAUGGGCCAGAUUAAGUGCAGAGGAAAUUUACCGAGCUGUUUUCAGGGCUCGUAGGCUGCCUCCUCAAUAUGCAAGUGUAGUAGGUGUUGGUAUUCCUAGGGAAUUGUGGAAGAUGAUUGGUGAUUGCUUACAGUUCAAAGCUUCAAAGAGACCAACUUUCCAGGCAAUGCUAGCAAUAUUUCUUCGGCAUCUGCAAGAAAUACCUAGGAGCCCUCCUGCAAGUCCGGAUAAUGAUUUCACAAAGGUUUCUUCAACGAAUGCCGCAGAACCAUUCCCAACAUCUGUUCUUGAGGUUUUUCAGGAUAAUUCAAAUGUUUUACAUCGACUGGUAUCUGAAGGCAAUAUUAUCGGUGUUAGGGAUCUGCUUGCAAAGGCUGCAUCAGAGAGAAAAAGCAACUCAAUUUGUUCUCUUUUAGAAGCACAGGAUGCUGAAGGCCAUACUGCUUUGCAUUUAGCGUGUAGGCGAGGCUCUGUAGAACUAGUAGAAACUAUAUUGGCAUACAAAGAGGCUGAUGUGGAUAUCUUAGAUAAAGAUGGUGACCCCCCUAUUGUGUUUGCUCUAGCUGCUGGCUCUCCAGAAUGUGUUCGUGCUCUCGUCAAUAGAUCUGCUAAUGUUAGUUCUAGGCUGAGAGGGGGCGGGGGUCCAUUUGUCACUCAUGUUUGUGCUUUCCAUGGCCAGCCUGAAUGCAUGCAGGAAUUACUGUUAGCAGGUGCUGAUCCCAAUGCGGUGGAUGGUGAAGGUGAAUCUGUGCUUCAUACAGCCAUAGCUAAAAGAUAUACUGAGUGUGCUAUUGUUAUUUUGGAAAAUGGAGGCUGCAGAUCAAUGAGUUUUUGUAAUGCACAAAGAAAAACGCCUCUACAUUUGUGCGUUGAGACAUGGAAUAUGGCUGUGGUGAAGAGAUGGGUGGAGGUUGCAUCACAAGAAGUGAUAGAUGAAGCAAUUGACAUACCAGGUCCAAAUGGAACAGCAUUGUGCAUGGCCGCAGCUUUAAAAAAAGAUCAUGAAAUCGAGGGCCGAGAAUUGGUAAGGAUAUUACUUGCUGCAGGUGCAGAUCCAACAGCUCAAGAUGAAGUGAAUUUCCGAACAGCUCUGCAUACAGCUGCAAUGAUUAAUGAUGCAGAGUUAGUGAACAUUAUUCUGAAAGCUGGAGUUGAUGUCAAUGUUAGAAAUGCACAAAAUACGAUACCUCUGCAUGUUGCAUUGAACAGAGGUGCAAACGCAUGUGUUGGUUUGCUGUUGUCUGCUGGAGGAGACUGUAAUUUGCAGGAUGACGAUGGUGAUAAUGCUUUUCAUAUAGCAGCUGAUGCGGCAAAGAUGAUACGUGAAAAUCUUAAUUGGAUUGUUGUUAUGUUGCAACAUCCAUCUCCUGCUGUUGAAGUGCGAAACCACAGGGGCUGGACAUUGCGUGAUUUCCUUGAGACCCUUCCUCGAGAAUGGAUUUCAGAAGACCUGAUGGAAGCACUUGCAGACAAGGGAGUUCAUCUGUCUCCAACCAUAUAUGAAGUUGGAGACUGGGUGAAAUUCAAAAGAAGCGUCAUAAAUCCAGCACAGGGUUGGCAAGGUGCAAGCCACAAGGGUGUAGGCUUUGUCCAGGCAAUUAUGGACAACAACAACCUUCUUGUGUCAUUUUGCUCUGGAGAGGCUCGUGUUCUGGCAAGUGAAGUCAUAAAAUUGGUUCCUUUGAACAGGGGACAACACGUACAGCUAAAAAGUGAUGUUAAAGAACCAAGGUAUGGAUGGCGUGGUCAAUCGCGAGAUAGCAUAGGAACAGUUCUCUGUGUUGAUGAUGAUGGGAUACUACGGGUUGGUUUUCCUGGAGCAUCUAGGGGUUGGAGAGCUGAUCCUGCAGAGAUGGAAAGAGUUGAAGAAUUUAGGGUUGGUGACUGGGUCCGAGUUCGCCCUGCACUGACAGCUGCUAUACAUGGUAUGGAAGCUGUAACUCCUGGAAGCAUUGGGAUAGUGCAUUCCAUCAGACCAGAUAGUAGCCUUCUGCUGGGCCUUUGCUACUUGCCCAAUCCAUGGCAUUGUGAACCUGAAGAAGUCGAACCUGUUGAACCAUUUAGGAUUGGUGAUCAAGUAUGUGUAAAGAGAUCUGUUGCAGAGCCUAAGUAUGGUUGGGGUGGUGAGACACAUCACAGUGUAGGAAAAAUUAUAGAUAUAGAGUGUGAUGGUCUCCUUGUAGUUGACAUUCCAGAUCGAUCAACUACAUGGCAAGCUGAUCCUUCUGAUAUGGAAAAGGUCGAAAAUUUUAAGGUGGGUGACUGGGUUAGAGUCAAAGCUUUUGUACCAUCUCCAAAAUAUGGAUGGGAAGAUGUCACACGAAAUAGUAUUGGAAUAAUCCAUAGUCUAGAAGAUGGCAGUGAUAUGGGUGUUGCCUUCUGCUUUAGGAGCAAGCCUUUUGCUUGUUCAGUGGCAGACAUGGAGAAGGUGCAGCCAUUUGAAGUAGGUCAAAAAAUUCAUGUGAUGCCAUCUAUAUCUCAGCCGCGACUUGGAUGGUCAAACGAGUCUGCUGCAACUAUUGGGACAAUAUCACGAAUAGACAUGGAUGGAACUUUGAAUGUUAGGGUGGCCGGCAGAAGUAGUUUGUGGAAAGUUGCUCCAGGUGAUGUUGAGAGACUUUCAGGCUUUGAAGUUGGAGACUGGGUGCGUCUGAAGCCAAGUCUCGGGGCUAGACCCACAUAUGACUGGAACAGCAUUGGAAGAGAAAGUAUAGCUGUGGUACACAGCAUACAAGACUCUGGAUACUUGGAGUUGGCUGGCUGUUUUAGGAAAGGAAAAUGGGUAACUCAUUAUAUGGAUGUGGAGAAGGUUCCGUGUUUGAAAGUUGGUCAGCAUGUUCGGUUUCGCACUGGACUACUUGAGCCAAGAUGGGGAUGGAGAGAUGCUCGGCCUGAUUCUAGAGGUAUCAUAACUGGUGUGCAUGCCGAUGGAGAAGUGCGAGUGGCCUUUUUUGGCAUGCCGGGGUUAUGGAGAGGAGACCCCGCAGACUUUGAGGAGGAGGAAAUGUUUGAGGUUGGGGAAUGGGUGCAGCUCAGGGAGCAUGCGAACAGCUGGAAGUCCCUGAAACCUGGAAGCAUUGGUAUUGUUCAUGGAAUUGGGUACGAAGGCAAUGCAUGGGAUGGAACUGUGCAUGUUGCAUUUUGCGGUGAGCAGGAAAGGUGGGUGGGACCAACUAACCAGCUUGAAAGAGUAGAUAGGCUUGUUGCGGGACAGCAGGUUAGGAUAAAGAAAUCUGUGAAGCAACCCAGAUUUGGGUGGUCAAAUCACAGUCAUGCAAGCAUAGGAACAAUAUCAUCUAUAGACGCAGAUGGAAAGCUAAGAAUAUAUACACCAGCAGGAUCCAAGGCAUGGAUGAUAGACCCUGCAGAAGUGGACAGAGUGGGGGAAGAAGAAGAAGUGCGUGUUGGAGACUGGGUAAAGGUGAGAGAAACUGUUACGACACCAACAUACCAGUGGGGUGAUGUAAGCCAUGUCAGCAUCGGGGUAGUGCACAAGAUAGAGGAUGGGGAACUUCGGGUUGCCUUUUGUUUCAACGAAAGACUAUGGGUGUGCAAAGAGUGGGAGGUGGAAAAGGUUCGAGCAUUCAAGGUGGGUGACAAGGUAAGGAUAAGACCAGGCCUAAUAAUGCCGAGGUGGGGAUGGGGCAUGGAGACAUUUGCAAGUAAAGGUGAGGUGAUGGGAGUGGAUGCUAACGGGAAGCUACGGAUCAAGUUCAAGUGGAGGGAUGGAAGGUUGUGGAUAGGGGAUCCGGCUGAUAUUGUUCUUGAUGAAGGUUCAGACACAACCAACACCAUCGAUGAGUGCUACUCAUAGGGAUUCAGCAAUUCUUUAACUCUUAUUUGUUUAGCUGUCACAAGUAAUUCAGCUGCUGUAUUCUCGACCUUGGUCUUGUUUUCAAGGUUCCUGGCACAUCUAUCAGCUCAUGGCCACCAAGACAUUGUUUGUGGCUAUGAGGAGAAGAAAGCUGGUUUUUCUUCAUGAAGGUUUAGGGGUCGAGUGUGUCGGCUGGUCUGUAUUCACAUAGUUAUCCAUGAGAGUUUAUUACCAUUUGACUAUAUCAUACUAAUGUACAGGUUAUUAGACCUGGGUGUUAAAUUGAAAUGCUCCCUUGUAUUUCGUUUUUCAAAAAUCCUGUGGUGGUAUAUAGUUUUCUUUAGAUGUCAGUUUUUCAUUCAUUACUUUUGAUUGUAAACAUGGUGUAUAUUGUAGCUUUGUAUCAGUCUUUUUUUUUAUAUUUAAUUCUGGUUAUAUUGGGAUA